AUGUCGAGCAAGUACGCAUUCACAAAGGCCCUCAAGGAGGUGCGCUUCCUUUUCUGCCAGACGGGCGAGCACAGCGCCGCGACCCGCAACUUCGUCGCAAGAGCCUACCCCACGAUGAAGAAGAACAACCCCCAGACUCCCAUCCUCAUCCGCGAGGCCGCCGGCACACUACCCAAGAUCUACGCGAGAUAUGGCCUGUCGGACAAGCAGAUUGAGGAUACAGUUACGACCCUGGUGAAGAACGGCGCAUAA